UCCAAGCUGGAUCCCGGCACAUGCGUAUAUUCAAUAUGGAAGAAUCCCAGCUGGUUUAACAGGGUCCCCUGAUCCAGUGAAAAUGGCGUCAAGCAAAAAUGACGAAUUUUAGAAGAGUUGUAAAACUUAAAGGCUCUCCAGCAAUGGACCGUCACGAAAUAUAAACUCCAUUUCAACCACUCCUUAGUUAACUUUCCAUUAAAGAUAUGUUGGAACCAUAUUCACCUAAUUUAUUAUGGCUUAUCAUUUUGGGUUUUAUCAUUGCGUUCGUUUUGGCUUUUGGGAUUGGGGCCAAUGACGUGGCCAACUCUUUCGGCACCAGUGUAGGCUCCAAGGUGCUCACCAUCGCACAAGCAUGUUGGUUAGCCACAUUUUUCGAAGUGGCUGGCGCCAUUUUGAUCGGUUACAAGGUAUCGGACACAAUGCGAAAAGGGAUCUUAGAUGUAAACGUUUAUAAGGACGCCGAGUUGGAAUUAAUGUUAGGUUCUAUAGCCGCACUCGGAGCGAGCGCUAUCUGGCUAAUGGUCGCGACAUUUUUUAAAUUGCCCAUCUCUGGAACUCAUAGUAUUGUUGGAGCAACUGUUGGAUAUAACCUGGUAGCCAGGGGGAUUGAGGGAGUUCAUUGGCGUACUUUGGCGAAAAUUGUUGGUUCCUGGUUCAUCUCACCACUCCUAAGCGGACUAUGCUCAAUCUCCAUCCUAUGGAUAAUCAAAAAGUACAUCCUAAUGAAGCCAGACCCUUUAGAAUCCGGCCUGAUGUUUUUGCCUGUAUUUUACAGUUUUACGAUUUUGGUUAAUGUUUUCUCGAUUGUUCUCGAUGGUCCGAAACUUUUGUACAUGGACAACAUUCCGCUAUGGUUGGCCGCCACUAUAAGUGUUACGGUGGCUUUUGUCGCGAUGAUGGUCAUCUGGUUGGUGGUGGUACCGUGGCAACGACGGAAGAUCAAAAUGGAAAUGGCCGCUGAUAAUACCCAGGUUAAUUUUAAUAUUGGGGAAUCUACUGAUACUUCUCCAGAUGUUAGUCCAAAAAAAUCAAAUCGCAACUCCGCUUAUUCCGAACGUCAAUUAUCCGUUAUAUCCGAGACUACCGAAUUAAAACCGUUGGAUGCUAAAAUAACGGCCGCAAAAUAUGUCUUUCCAAUACAAACUAGUGAUAAGAAUGGAUAUAUUCAAGCUAAAGAGACUGAACUAAAUACAAGGCCAAAAGAACUAAAAAUCAAAGAGAGCAGUACCGCAUCAAUAAACCCCACAUUAUCACCCAGUUCCAGUGGAGUACCAUUGAUCAAAAAUAAAUGUCAGACUGAAAUCGAACAGGGAACAGUGCAAUUAGAAGACAGUGUUAACAUUGAAAAUAAGAGCGUAUCAAAACUGUUCAGUUUUCUCCAAAUACUGACCGCCAUGUUUGGAAGUUUUGCGCAUGGAGGUAACGAUGUGAGCAAUGCUAUUGGGCCUCUGAUAACCCUUUGGUUAAUUUAUUCGGAGGGUUCAGUAGCACAGAAAUCUGAAACACCCCUGUUCAUCCUGCUUUAUGGUGGAUUGGGUAUAUCUGUUGGUUUGUGGUUGUGGGGUCGAAGGGUUAUCGAAACGAUUGGGGAAGAUUUGACCACUCUUAACCCAUCAACGGGAUUCACAAUAGAAAUUGGAGCAGCAUUUACAGUAUUAUUAGCAAGUAAAAUUGGUAUUCCUAUUUCCACCACCCAUUGCAAAGUUGGAUCAGUUGUUUUUGUUGGAUAUUUUAAUGCUUCGAAGAAAGGAGUUGAUUGGAGCCUAUUUAGAAACAUCAUCUAUGCCUGGUUAGUGACAGUUCCCAUUGCAGCCCUACUAGCAGCCGGGAUAAUGUUUUUACUGAGUUUGGCCACAGGAGUUGCCUAAAAGAAUCCUACCUUGAUAUAGAAUUUUAUUUUAUUUUUUAGAACAGACUAGAAGACCGACCUAAAUCUAUGUGUUAAAGUAAUUGUCGUAUCUCGAUGUUAAAAUACACAUUAGUAUAGAAUAUCAUCCGGAUUUAGGUAGAACGUACCAUAAAUAUUAUACCUAGUUAAAAGUCUGAAAGUAUUUUUUUUUUAAUUGGUAUAGGAAAAACAAAUGUAACGCUCUUAAUAUGACGAGUUUUAGUUGGAUCAUCCUGUAGGAUUGUGAAAUUUGACAAUUUUCUUAAUUUAUUUACCGAAAAAAAAACUGUUAUAUAUUAAACAAAUUAGUGUUAAGGAAUUCCUGUGAUUAUUAAAACAUUCUUGUGUCUUGUUUAAAUAAAGAAAAACCAUUACUAAUGUCAUUAAAUGUGUAAGAGUAAGAAGAACGAGAAGCCAUGAAACGCUAAUAAGAAAAUAAUUUUAUAUAUUGUUUACACUUAAGCACAAUAAAACAUCAUUGAUUUUCAAAGGGAAUGUAAUUUUUAAUAUUAAAAUAUAUGAAGUUUUGUUUUGUU